AUGGCUACCAAUUCGAACUCCAACAUUACUUCCACCAGCUCACCGGAGAUCAAACAAGAGUCGAUAUCCUUUACCAAACCUCUUAUCCAUCCUACACCGAGUCCAGCAGGAGAGAAGCAUGAACGAGAUUUCCAGUCCCUAUCAUUCCAGGCGCCACCUGCAGUCGAGAACAAGUCACGACCUGGUGUGCUGAGAAACCCACAUUCUCAUGUAUCUUUUGAUUACUUCGACCCUCAAGGAGUUCUCCAGCUUUCUCGGACGUUGAGCCAAACAAGCUCUUUCCGAGCUGCCUCUCGUACCUCUGAUGUCUCUCCGGAUGGACGGGUAGGAGAAAGAGAGAAGGCAGGAGCGUCAGAAGAAGGUAGAUUCGACUUCGAAAAGCAUACUUCUUACCAGAUACCUUCAUUACCCAGGCAAGACGAAUCUGACAUCAAAUCACGGACACUUGGCGUAUCGUUUGAUAAUCUUCGUGUUGUUGGAAUGGGAUCUUCUGCGAGCAUACAGCCAACGCUAGGAGGCCUUCUCAAUCCUGUCAAUAUCGUAAAGGGCAUACUAUCUGCUCGUCACCCAGCUUUACGUGACAUAAUCGCAGGAUUUCACGGUGUCGUGCGCCCAGGUGAAAUGCUCCUUGUUCUUGGUCGACCAGGUUCAGGAUGCAGUACAUUCCUGAAGGUCCUCGCCAAUCAGCGAAAGGAAUAUCAUUCCGUCGAGGGCGAAAUGCACUACGACUCACUUACGCCUCAGCAAGUAGCGAAGACAUAUCGAGGCGACGUCCAAUAUUGCCCCGAGGAUGAUUUGCAUUUUGCGACCCUCACUGUCGCGCAGACCAUUCAUUUCGCCGCCAGUACGCGCGCCCCUCAGUCGCGUAUUGCUAAUCAAACCAGGACCAAUUACAUUCAUGAAUUUAUGGAUGUGUUGUCAACCCUGUUUGGGCUCAAGCAUGUGCAGAACACGCAAGUGGGCGAUGCCUCCAUUCGUGGUAUCAGUGGGGGCGAGAAAAAGCGUGUUUCAAUAAGCGAGACUCUUGCCACGCGAAGCCUUAUCACUUCUUGGGACAACUCGACUCGUGGCCUUGAUUCCAGUACUGCUCUUGAAUUCGCUCGGGCCCUACGAAUAGCAACUGACCUUAGCAAGGAUUCCACUAUCGUUUCUAUAUACCAAGCAGGGGAAUCUCUCUUCGAGAUUUUUGACAAAGUUUGUUUAAUUUAUGAAGGAAAAAUGGUGUACUAUGGCCCAGCAAACUUGGCCCGACAGUACUUUAUCAACAUGGGCUACGUUCCAGCUGAUAGACAGACAACGCCGGAUUUUCUUGUCUCGGUGACCGACCCCCUUGGAAGAACCGCUGUUACCAAAGAUAAUGACACCAGGCCUUCCGAGUACAAAGGUCGGCCUGUGCCCCAGACAGCUGCAGACUUUGAAGAAUGUUACAGGAAUUCUGACAUUUGGAAUAUCAAUCGGAAGGAUAUCGAAGACUACAAGCGAGAUAAUGUUAGCAAGCAGGAGAAGGUCGACGCAUUCAAAGAAAGUGCCAAGGCCGAACAUGCGCAGCAUACUCGACAUAAAAGUCCUUACACUAUCUCAAUCCCGAUGCAAGCCAGGAUUGUCAUGGUCCGCCGCAUGCAAAUCAUGAAGGGAAAUUACACAGCACAGGCGUUGUCUACUACGUCUUUUGUACUACAAGCAGUAAUCGUCGGUACGACUUUCGUCAAAAUUCCAGAUGCUACGUCGGCCUACUUUUCACGAGGCGGUGUUCUUUUUUUCGCCGUCUUUAUCCCCGCCUUGUUUAGUAUGUCGGAGAUUCCUGCACUUUUUGCUCAGCGGCCUAUCAUCCUUCGACAUAAAAAGGCGGCGAUGUAUCACCCUAUGGUGGAAGCGCUGGCUAUGACCCUAGUGGACGUCCCUUUCACCCUGAUUACUAUAAUCAUAUACACAGUUAUCAUCUAUUUUGUCGUCAAACUUCAGCAAACCGCCUCCCAAUUUUUCAUAUUCUUUGUAUUCGUUAUGGUUGUGGCUCUCGCAAUGAAGGCAUUCUUUCGAGGAUUGGCAUCGGCUUUCCCCAAGGAGGCACCUGCACAAGCUGUAGCAGGCGUUCUUCUCUUAGCGUUGUCUCUCUAUACCGGCUAUCAGAUACCACGCCCCAGCAUGAUAGGGGCUCUACGUUGGAUUUCGUACAUCAAUCCCAUAUUCUACGCGUUUGAAGGGAUCAUUGUGAAUGAGUUCCACACUCUCGAUGGAAUUUGUUCCACCCUCGUCCCUUCUGGACCGGGUUACGAAGGAAUUUCUUUGAACAACCAAGUAUGUACGGUGGUUGGCUCUCAACCUGGUGAAGAAAGGGUUGACGGUGCACGCUAUUUGGACCUAUCAUUUGGGUAUUCCUAUAGACACCUUUGGAGAAAUUUUGGCAUCGUUAUCGCAUUUGGCAUCUUCUUCCUGCUCUGGUAUCUCUUCUUUUCCGAAUUUAACACGGGCCAUGGAGGGGAUAGCUCUGUUCUAUUGUUUAAAGGUGGCUCCAAUGCCCAGGUUCUGAAAGAAGCUCAAGCAGAAGUAGCUGGCGACGAAGAAAAGGGUCAGGCUGGUUCUACACCAGUUGGAUCAGAAACAUCUUCGGAAGACGCUGAAAAAUCCAAGGUUGCGAUGCACGAUCAGCCAAAAAUGAUCAACACAUUCUCGUGGCAACAUAUCAAUUACAGCGUUGUAGUUUCAGGAGAAAGUCGCCAAUUGUUGGAUGACGUAUCAGGGUAUGUGGCCCCCGGAAAACUGACCGCGCUGAUGGGAGAAUCUGGGGCUGGCAAGACUACGCUACUUAAUGUUCUCGCUGAACGUGAAGACGCUGGUAUCGUAACUGGCGAACGGCUUUUCAACGGACAGAGGCUUCCUAGCGACUUUCAAGCUCAAACCGGAUAUUGCCAACAAACUGACACACAUGUGCCCACGACUACUGUCAGAGAGGCCCUAAGGUUCUCUGCUCGGCUACGCCAACCAUUUUCGGUCCCAACGUCUGAAAAGGAUGCCUAUGCGGAAAAAUGUUUACAUAUGUGCGGCCUGGAGGCGUUUGCCGAUGCUAUGGUAGGCACGCUUGGUGUCGAACAGAAAAAACGAACAACUAUUGGCGUAGAAUUGGCUGCUAAGCCUCAACUUCUGCUUUUCCUUGACGAGCCCACAUCUGGAUUGGAUUCUCAAAGUGCAUGGGCCAUUAUGUCGUUCCUUCGAUCCUUGGCCGAUAACGGACAAGCCAUAUUGUGCACGUUACCGUCAGCCGAACUCUUCUCUGUUUUCGAUCGUCUGCUCCUUCUUCGAAAAGGAGGUCAGACUGUCUAUUUUGGCGAUGUCGGGAAAAAUUCACAAAACAUCAUCAAUUAUUUUGAGAAAGGAGGUGCAAGAAAAUGUGGUCCAGGAGAGAACCCAGCGGAGUAUAUGCUAGACGUGAUAGGAGCAGGAGCGACUGCCGUCAGCGAUAGAGACUGGCAUGAUGUCUGGUUGCAUUCUGCUGAAUCAGAAGUGGCAAAGAAAGAUAUUGAAAACAUACACGAAGAAGGACGCAAACAUCCACCAGUCGACGAAACACUAAAAACACAAUUUGCUUCGCCCUGGUUUUAUCAAACUCGGAUGCUCCUUUUGAGACAGCAUUUGGCAUAUUGGCGCGACCCGACGUAUCUUAUGUCGAAACUUAGCCUGAAUAUCAUUGGAGGGCUUUUCAUAGGCUUCACGUUUUUCAAAGCGAAAGACUCCAUACAAGGGAGUCAGAACAAACUCUUCGCAAUUUUUAUGGGAACAAUUCUUAGCGCUCCUCUAGGACAACAACUCCAUGUGCCUCAUAUCAAGAUGCGAAAUAUCUAUGAAAUCCGAGAGCGCGCAAGCAGGAUGUAUCACUGGUCGGCUUUAACAACCUCUCAAAUAGCUUUGGAACUCCCAUGGAAUAUUUUGGGCGCAACCUUGUUUUUCUUUUGCUGGUACUGGACUGUCGGCUUUGAAAGUUCCAGGGGCGGCUUCACGUAUCUGAUGUACGGAGUUUGUUUCCCCAUUUACUAUACCACUGCGGCUUUGGCCAUUGCGUCUAUGAGCCCAACUGCCGAAAUAGCUGGGCUCAUGUACUCGUUCAUGUUUGCUUUCAUCUUCACAUUCGACGGAGUCGUACAGCCAUUUGGUCAAUUGGGAUGGUGGAAAUGGAUGUACCAUGUCUCUCCAUAUACAUAUUUGAUUGAGGCGAUUUUAGGACAAGCGGUUGGAGGCCAACUGAUAAAUUGCUCUGAGAAGGAGUUUCUCACCCUCCAGCCCCCUUCGGGCCAGACCUGCGGCCAGUUCAUGGCCCAGUACUUAUCGAACCGAGGUGGAUACCUCACCAACUCGGAUGCUUCCUCUGGGUGCCAAUUUUGCCCAAGUAGAACGACGGACGAGUGGAUGGGUCCAACAUUCAACAUUUAUUACCGCCACCAUUGGCGAGACUUCGGUAUUUUCUGUGCUUACAUUAUAUUCAAUCUGUUCCUUGUUUACCUGUUAACCUAUUUGGUGCGGAUACGAACACAUAGACAUCUGGCAGCUGUCUCGAAAUAUGUCAAAAAGGCGGCAGACAAGACCAAGAAGACAAAGGAUUAA